AUGCAGCCGACGAUUCCGCAGGGCGCGACGGGAGGAGGCAGUGAUAUGGACCUCCCUGCGGCGGUGCAGCCGAUGGAUUGGUUGUUCAAAAAGGAGCGCAUCUAUCUGCUGGCCCAGUUCUGGCAACAGCGUGCCACGUUGGCGGAAAAAGAAGUAAACUCGCUCAAGGAGAAACUGUCGACCACGGACCGGGGCAGCAUGGACGGUGCGGCGAUCGCCAUCGCUCCGCCGACCACGACGACCACGGCGACGACGACGACGUCGCCGACACCGAUAAUCGAGCAGAACGGGAUUGCGCCACCGUCACCCUCGACGACGCCCGUCUCGGAGAGUGGCAGCAUCGGCACCCGAGGGGUCCCGGAAGUCCCUGCCAGUCCCCCGGCGUCGGACCAGAAGCGAGCGAUGAGCGAUUCGCGAUCACCCGUCAGUCCGAUGGAGCUCGACCGGAAGGGGCUGGAGCACCUCUCGCACAACAACAACAACAACUGCAUCGGGAGCAGCAACAACAACAACCACAGUCACGGCCACCACCAACGGCGGACACCGACGCCACCCGGGGUGGAGAAGAUGGACUGUGAAAGUGCGAGUGUAGAUACGAACGAUGGGUCGAAAGUGAAGGACAAUCGGGAGGCCGACAAUGGGGAGGCCGAAGCCACCGAGGGUGGUGUGGUGUGUCACAGCAACGGCGAGCCGGAGCGCAAGGACACGCCCGCGAAGGAGCCCGCGGUGCUGGACGGCAGGACGAGAUCGCUCAGCGAGGAGCUAUCGGCCAAGGAUCGAGAGAUAUCGCUCCUGUUCGAGGAGGUCGGCCGGCUGCGGACGGCCAUCGCCAACAUCCAGGAGUCGCACAACCUGCAGAUCCAGCGGCUCGAGGACCGGCUGGAGGAGAAGCGCCAGCACAUCGUGCGGCUCGAGUCGCGCAUCGAGAAGCAGCAGGACUUUGACGACAUCAAGAAGGAAAAUAGCAUGCUACGCUCGGUGGACCUGAGCGCGUCCCACGAGUCGAAACAAUUCCAGGAGCUGCUGCUCGAACGCACCAAAGCGCUGGCGGCCCAAACCGAAGCAAUCAAAUCGUCGUCGGCCAACUCGGAAGGAUCUCCACGUGGCCGGGUUCACGAUGAUACCACCACCGGCAGUGGUGGUGUCGCCCUGCAACCCACCCGUGCCCUGUCGCCGCCCGCCAACACCGGGCGCACUAGCACCCACAGUAGUAGUAGUCGCAGUAGUAGUGGCAGUAGUAGUAGCAUUGGAAGUGCCACCGGUUGUGUUGUUGUAACGGGUAGUAACGCUAGUAACGCCAGCAGUGGGCCCAUCGAAGGCGAGUCGCGUAACGCUUGUAACGACCUCACGGCUAACGCUGCUGCCGCGGGCGCAGCCGGCAGCUACCACCACUCGUCCUCGUCCUCCUCCGCAUCCACCUCCGCUUCCGCCACUAACACCACCGCAGCAGGUGGCAGCAAUGCGUCGAACGAGAUUAACAAUAAUUCGCUCGCCUCGACACCGGGGCCGCACCACCACGUGCGGGUCCCUUCGCACCAGGGCUCACCCCAACUACCGCCCCAACCACCGUCUGCCCCGAACGGACCGGUGACCUCCGCCGGUGGUGACGUGACAGGCCUGGGAUCCUUCCUGCCGCCACCGCUUCAGAACGUGGAGCAGUUCGGGUCGUUCCUGGGCGAGGAACUGGUCAGCAGCUGGCGCCGGGCCGGAGCACUGGAUCUACCGCUGCCACCACCUCCGCCCGGGCUGGCCGCGGCCGCCGCAGCCGCCGCAGCAGCCGCUGCGGCUCGCAACCCGGCCUUACUAAUGAACCACCACCACCAUGUUAACUCGCCUCCGACAGAUCUGGCCGCGCUCGGGCACCACCACCACCACAGCCAGCACCACCACAGCGGCCACAACCUGCAGCACCACCAGCAGCCGGGGCCGGGCAGUGACGGGCCAGACGGGAAGGCGAGCAGUCUGCACGAGAACUCGUCCUCAGCCAGCACGCCGAUCCUGCGCGAAGACGCGUCCUCCCGGCACGACGAGCACCUGAACGGGGGCGGUCUCACGCCCAUGUCCAUCUCGAAAAGCCCGCUGGAGGACAACAACAACACGCUCGGUGCCCUCGGGCGCAUGGACGGUGGCGCAAGUGCCGCCGCCAACCUCAUACAGGGACUUCCGUUUCAAUUCCCCGAACGCGGCCACUUCCGGUUCGCCGACUCCUCCGACCUGCCGAUGCCACCGGGUGCGAUGGUGGGCCGACUCGGCGACUCGCUCAUCCCGAAGGGUGACCCGAUGGAGGCGAAACUGCAGGAGAUGCUGCGCUACAACAUGGACAAGUACGCGAACCAGAACCUCGACACGCUCCACAUCUCGCGCCGCGUCCGGGAGCUCCUGUCGGUGCACAACAUCGGCCAGCGGCUGUUCGCCAAGUAUGUCCUCGGGCUGUCGCAGGGCACCGUGUCGGAGCUGCUGUCGAAACCGAAGCCCUGGGACAAGCUGACGGAGAAGGGCCGCGACAGCUACCGGAAGAUGCACGCGUGGGCCUGCGACGAGAACGCGAUCCUGCUGCUCAAGUCGCUCAUCCCCAAGAAAGGUGCAGAACCCGGAAUGCCAUCAUUCGGUCGACCGGACGGUGACCUGAGCGACGACCGGAUCCACCACAUCCUCUCGGAGGCCUCGAUGAUGAAGCGCGAUCAACCGCCGACGGCCGCCCAGCAGCAACAGGCGGCGGCCCAGGCCCAGCAACAGGCCCACCACCACCAGCAGCAGAUGCGCGAACAGAUGCAACUCCAACAGCAGCAACUCCAGCAACUGCACCUGAGCGGACUGGACGACUCGACGCAGCACAGCGACACCGACUCCAAGUCACCGCCGGGCCGGGACGUCCACUCGCCCUUCGCCAAAGACUUCCACAGCGGGCGGGGCGGCAGUGGCGGCCCAGCGUCGGGACGACCCAAGAAGUUCGAGCACGACGACAUCCCGCAGGACAAGAUCUCCAAGAUCUACCAGGAGGAGUUCUCCAAGCUGAUUCGCAGCCCGCGCGACUUCCCCAAUAUUCUCUUUCCCCACAUUCUCAGCGGUGCCGGCGGCGGUGGCGUCGGCGGCGGGAUGCCUCCGAUGGACCGGAUGGACGACAACAUCCGGAUGGCGCUGGAGGCGUACCACCGGGAGUUGGCGAAGCUACAGCAGAACGCGCAGAUGCCCAACUUCCUGGCCCUUCACCAGCACCAAUACCAGCAACAGCAACAGCAACAACAGCAGCAGCAACAGGCGUCGCCGGCCGCGCCACAAACUCCAGCGCAGCCAUCGCAACCUCUGAACGGUGGCUCCGUGCAGGACUUGUCACUCCCGAAGGAGAAGCAGUCCGGGGCGUCCUCGGUGGACGGACGAACUCUCGGCCCUCGGUUGCUGAACGGUGGGGCCCUCUCGGACGCGGACUCCGACGCCGACAUGAGUCAGAAGGAACUGGACGAGGCGGGCCUGAAGCACAGCGCCUUCAGCUUGGUGAAGCCGAAACCUUCGGAGGCGUCCGGGCUCUGCACACCGACAACGACCACCUCGUCGACGGCGGCCAGUCCGAUCGGGAACAGUAUCCUUCCGCCAACGCUGGCGGCCGGUGGCCCGGCGGACGACUUCUCCGUGUCGGCGAGUCCACUCCAGCGGAUGGCGUCGAUCACGAACUCUCUGAUCACGCAGCCGCCGGUCACGCCACACCACACGACCCAGCAGCGCCCGCUGAAAGCCAUCCUGCCGCCCAUCACCCAGCAACAGUUUGACCUCUACAACAACCUCAACACCGAGGACAUCGUGCGGCGCGUCAAGGAGUCCCUGUCGCAGUACUCCAUCAGUCAGCGGCUGUUUGGUGAGUCCGUCCUGGGUCUUUCCCAGGGAUCCGUGUCGGACUUGUUGGCGCGACCCAAACCCUGGCACAUGCUAACGCAGAAGGGCCGUGAACCGUUCAUCCGCAUGAAGAUGUUCCUGGAGGACGAAAACGCCGUGCACAAGCUGGUCGCCAGUCAGUACAAGAUUGCGCCGGAGAAGCUGAUGCGGACCGGGAACUACAGCGGAACCCCGCAGUUGCCGGCCAUGCUCCAGAAGCAGAUGCCACCGAUGCCGAAGAUGCUGAGCGACUCGAUCAGCAAGCUGCAGCAGGACCAGAAGACGCUCCUGCAGCUCCAGAUCUCGCAGAUGCAGCAGCAGCUCCCGCAGCAGGCGGCGGCUCAGGCGGCUCAGGCGGCUCAACACCAGCACCAGCUGGCGGCGGCUGCUGCCGCGGCGGCCGCCGCUCAUCACGCCGCCCAAGCAGCCGCUCAUCACGAGCGGCAGCAACAGCAGCCGCCGAUGCCCCCCUCGCAACCUUCGCCCCGGCCACAGCAGCCGUCCCCGCAGACGAUGCUACUGACGCCGCCGGGAAUCCCGCCCCAGCACGCCAUCGCCCUGCAGGCGGCCGGUCCAGGGGUGCUGCAUGGCGGGCCGCCGGUCGACAAGAAGCAACACUCCUCGUCCUCCUCUUCCACCACCUCCUCUUCGGCCCCGAUCCUGAUGCCGAUCCACUCGCCGGUUCCGGUCCAACUCCGGGAACCACAGCACGGCGGCACUCCGGGACCCCCAGGAGGCGGCCCCCCCGGCGGUGGCCACCCGGUCAACGCGAUGCGGGGCUCCCUCCACCAGCACAUCUCGCCCACCGUGUACGAGAUGGCGGCCCUUACGCAGGACCUCGACACGCAGGUCAUCACGACGAAGAUCAAGGAGGCGCUGCUGGCGAACAACAUCGGCCAGAAGAUCUUCGGCGAAGCGGUCCUCGGGUUGUCGCAGGGCUCCGUGUCGGAGUUGCUGUCGAAGCCGAAACCCUGGCACAUGCUCAGCAUCAAGGGCCGGGAACCGUUCAUCCGGAUGCAGCUCUGGCUGAGCGACGCCAACAACGUGGAGCGGCUCCAGGCACUCAAGAACGAGCGUCGGGAGGCAAGCAAACGGCGCCGCUCGACGGGACCGGGCGGAGCGCAGGACAACAGCUCGGAUACGAGCAGCAACGAUACGUCGGAGUUCUACCAUUCGAACUCCCCGGGACCGGGAUCGGUUGGAUCGGCCUCCGCUUCAGCAUCGGCUGCGCCGCCCAACAAGAAGCAACGGGUCCUGUUCUCCGAGGAGCAGAAGGAAGCGUUGAGGUUGGCGUUUGCCCUCGAUCCGUACCCGAAUGUGCAGACCAUCGAGUUCCUGGCCAGUGAGCUCGGGUUGUCGACGCGCACCAUCACCAAUUGGUUCCACAACCACCGGAUGCGGUUGAAGCAGCAGGUGCCCCAUGGCCAACCCUCGGAGCCGAUUCCGUCGCGUGAAAACCAAUCCGGAGCGCCCUUCGAUCCGGUCCAGUUCCGGGUGCUCCUAAGCCAGCGGCUGAUGGAGCUGCAGAAGGAGCGCCUGGGACUGUCCGGAAUGCCCCUUCCGUAUCCGCCUUACUUUGCGGCGGCGGCGGCCGCCGCCGCUUCCAACCCGAGCAAUCUGGCCGCCCUGAUUGCGAGCAGGGCGGGUGGCUUCCUGCCGGGGGAGGCGGAUCUGGCCGCCCUGAACAAAGCGGUCAGCGAGCAGAUGUCGGGAUUGGACCUUUCGAUGCCGUCGUCACUGAAGCGCGAAGGGGAUGACGAUUACGAGGACGAUGAGGAAGCGGGCAGUGGUCAUAUGAGUGACUCCGAGUCGCUCGACGGGUCGAUGGGUAGCAAGCGGGGAGGCCAUCACCACCACCACCAGCAUGAUGAGCACCACCACGGGAUCACCGUCCCGGGGACGCCCCUCUCGCUGGCCAGUCUGCAGGCGAUGGCGAGGAUUAACCGCCGCAAACCGGCCGCCCCGCAGUGGGUCAAUCCGGACUGGCAGGAUGGGACUGGCGAGAAGGCUGGAGCCGGCGGCCUGGGAAAGCCCGGCGGCGGUGACGCGGCCAGCGAGGCCAUCAUCAACGGGGUCUGUGUGUUGCAGCCGCCCGACGGCGUUCCGUCGGUGCAGCAGCGGUUCGCCGCCGCAAUGGCGGCGGCUGCGGCGGCUGACGACGACGAAGAUGAGGAGGAUGGCCGGCGGGGGGAGGAUGCAACGGGUGCCGGGGCGGGUAGCAGAUCGGGCAGUCCGGCCACCCAGCAACCGUCAGCGUCGCCGCCGCCACCGUCGAGUGUGACCGUCAAGAAGGAGAUCCUCGAUCAGGACUCGGGCACGGCGGGCGCGGCCGAAGCGGCCCCCACCGGUGACCGGUGGGAGUACUGA